AUGGAUGCUCAAUUUAUAUCAUCAUUGGAGGAAACUUUAAAACAAACCUUGGUUCCAGACUCUUCUGUAAUCAAACAAGCUUCAAGUAAAUUAACCAAAGAUUUUUAUCCAAACCCUAUUGCAUUACCAGCUUUACUUCAAAUUUCCCAGACAACCACCCAAGAUGAAUUAAAGCAGUUAUCCUUGGUUGAGGCUAGAAAAUUAGCAUUGGACAAAUGGGAACAAGUUGAUGCUUCAUUGAAACCAACUCUCAGAGAAUCCUUAUUGAAAGGUACUUUUGGAGAACAGAAUAAACGUCUCAGAAACUUAUCAGCUUAUGUUAUUGCUGCCAUUGGAGAAAUUGAUUUGGACAAAAACGAAUGGCAAGACCUUUUAUCUACCUUAUUCAGUGCAGUUCAAAACAGUGAUGUUCACACUAGAGAGGUUGGUACUUUUGUUUUGUUUGCUUUGUUGGAAUCUCAAAUAGCUGCUGUGGUCCCUCAUAUCAGUGAUUUAUUGACAUUAUUUAAUACUUUAUUGAAUGAUUCGGAAUCUAAGGAAGUUAGAAUCAACUCCAUAAUGUCAUUGGAUGUUCUUUCUCAAAUCAUCGAAGAAGACGAGGAACGUAUUAUUCAAUUGGCUGGCAAAUUUCAAGCUACUGUUCCAAGCAUGAUUAAUAUUUUCAAAGACGUCAUUAGUGGUGAUGAUAUUGAACUGGCCAAAAACGUUUUUAAUGUCUUCAACAGUUUAAUCCUUGUUGAUUCCAGAUUGGUGGGUGACCAUUUGAUCACCAUGAUUCAAAUCAUUGCUGAGAUGGUUACAAAUCCUCAAUUGGAUGAGGAAUUCAAGAUUUUCGGUUUGCAAUUUUUGAUUUCUUGUGUCACUUAUAGAAAGUCUAAGAUCUCAGCAAACAAAUUGGGACCUCAAAUAACCUUGGUUGCUUUGAAGGUAGCAUCAGGUGAAAUUGAUAUCGAGGACGAGUUACAAAAUGAAGAUGAAGAAAACGAAAAUGAAGAAAACAGUCCUCCUUCUUUGGCUUUACGUUUGUUAGCUGUUUUGAGUGCUGAAUUGCCACCUUCUCAAGUUGUCAAUCCAUUAUUUGAUGCCUUACCGCAAAUGUUAUCUUCAUCCAAUCAAUUCGAAAGAAGAGCUGGAUUGUUGGCCAUUGGUGUCAGUUCUUCUGGUGCGCCAGAUUUUAUUUCUCUUCAAAUUCAAAAGAUUAUCCCAGCAAUUGUUAAUGGUUUGAAAGAUUCUGAGCUUAUAGUCAAAGUUGCCGCUUUGAAAACAUUGGGUCAGUUGACUGUAGAACUUCAAGACAUUAUUACUGAGUACCACGAACAGUUGUUGCCUUUGAUAAUUGAAAUUAUUGACUCCGCCUCCUCGGUUGUGGCUUAUAGACAUGCUUGUGUUGCUUUAGAUGGAUUAAUUGAAUUCAUGAGCCACAAUGCAAUGGGCAAUUAUAUUGAACCAUUAACUCACAAAUUAUUUCACAUGUUACAACAAGCCAAUUCUGCAACUUUGAAGUCUUCCAUUGUUUCAGCCAUUGGUUCUACUGCUUUUGCCAGUGGUAAAGCUUAUACUCCAUAUUUUGAAGCAUCCGUCCAACAAUUAGAACCUUUUAUUGCAAACUCUGCUUCUGUCGAAGGUUUAACUGAAGAUGACAUAGAAUUAAGAGCAGUUACUUUUGAAAACAUUUCUACCAUGGCCAGAGCAGUUGGUUCAGAAUCAUUCUCUGCUUAUGCUAAACCAUUGGUUGAAGCUGCCUAUAACUCUUUAAGUUCAGAACAUUCCAGAAUAAGAGAAUCAGGUUUCGCUUUUAUUGCUAACAUGGCUAAAGUUUACGGAGCUGAGUUUGCUGGCUUUUUGGACCAAAUUGUUCCUAAAAUUCUUGAAUGUUUGAAACAAGAAGAAUUCAGUUUCAACUUGGGCGAUCCAGAAGAAGACGAACCUGAAUAUGAUGAUGAGGAUGAGGAUGCUGAUCCAUUGAAGAUUCAUACUGGUAUUACCAUUGAAAAAGAAAUGGCCUCUGUUGCUUUGGGAGAAUUAGCUGUUGGUACUGGUAAUCAAUUCUUCCCAUAUGUUGAAUCAACUAUUGCUGUCUUGCAAGACCAAAUUGAAAACUCUUACGGUAUGAGAGAAGGUGCCAUGAGCUGUUUAUUUAAAAUUACUAAGGCAAUGUUUGUUGCUGUUCAAGGUGAAAACUUUAAAGCUCCUAAAGGUGUGCCAAAACAAUCUUAUGUCGAGGCCAAUGUUUUGCAAUUGAUUCAAAAUCUCAGAAAAGUCUCUAUCCCACUUUUGGAAGAAGAAUUUGAAUCCACUAUGGUAGCUAGUAUUUUGGACGGUGUGGCUACGGCGCUUUUUACAUUUGGUCCUAUCUUUGUUGUUGAUGAACCAGGUAACACGGAACUUUUGGAAAAAUUAUGCACAACCUUGAUGUUGCUCUUGAAACAAGAACACCAAUGUCAAAUUGAUGAUGACGAAAUGCCAAAUGAAGAGGAAGAUUCUUCUGAAACUGAAGUUAUGUUGAAUGAGGCUACAUUAGAAGUUUUGAUUAACUUGUCACUUGCAUUGCAAUCCGAUUUUGUUCAAAUUUUCAGUUCUUUCAAAGAUGUCAUAUUGGCUAAAUUUAACAGUAAAUCCAAGCCAUUAAGAGUUGGUUCAAUUGGUGCUAUUGCUGAAAUGGUUGAAGGAAUGAAAGAAGCUAAUCCUUAUUCAGAAGAGCUCUUGCAAAUUUUCAGUGAUAAACUUGCCAACGACAAAUCAAUUGAAGUCAAAGGUAAUGCAGCUUAUGGUAUAGGUUUAAUUAUCCAGUACAGUAGUGUUGACCUUUCUUCUACAUACCCACACAUUUUGCAAUUAUUAUUCCAAUUGUUGAAUAAAGUUGAUAAAAAGGCCGACAGUAUUGAUGAUGAAGAGGCUAAAGAUGUUGUUAAUAGAUCAUAUGCAAAUGCUUGUGGUUGUGUUUCAAGAAUGAUUUUAAAACAUGAACAAUCUGUUCCUUUGGAACAUGUUCUUCCAGCAUUAUUGGCUCAUUUGCCAUUAGAAACUGGCCUUGAAGAGAAUACUCCAAUUUUUGAAGUGAUCAUCAAGUUAUAUGGAUCUAACAACGAGUUGAUUGUUAAUCAAACUCCAAAGAUUGUCGAGGUGUUUGCUGGUGCUUUCAAAGCUGACGCUGAAAGAAUAAAAUUAAUUAAUGAAUCAACUUUGGGCAGAGAAGAAAACAUUGAUUCCUUGAAGCAAUUUUCUAGUGAAGAUUUGAGAAACAGAGUUGUGGAAUUAUUGAAAUACUUGGACCAAAAGUUUUCAGGGGUUGUUUCAUCCAACGAAAUUUUGAAAUCAGUCGUAGCUUAG